AUGACGACUUCUGCUGGAAGGAUGUUAUUUCUCGGCCUUCUCUGCCUAUUUCUUCAAAAUGUCGCUACUUCUGAACUUGGUGUUGUCGUCGGGGAUGGGGCGGCUUCACAACUGCUUCGCCACGCGGCCCAACUACUCCUUGCCGAGCCACGGCAUGUUGAGUUGUUGAUGACGAGCCGUGAAGACCCGGGUCUAUCCCCGCUAGCCGCCGUCGACAUGAAUGCCGUGGUUGGCUACAGGAAUCUGUCGCUGCACUUCGAGGACCGGGCAUUGCGGUUUAACUUUGACCAGAUGCGCCUCCGCUCGUCGGCCAACAUUUCACACCUUUUGUGGCCUCUCGAUAUUGGCGAGCAUCAACUCGACGUCGAUCUGGAUUUACCGCGCGGCGAGGUGAAGAUGCUGAUCGGGGAGGAGACGAUGAGUAUGGCUGAGUGUCUGCUCCACGAGCCAAAGUUGGCCGGUCAUCUUGGUGGCCAAUGGAUGGUAGAGGGAGCGAUCAAUAUCAUGCGCUUCCCAAUCCACUCCCUCCUUCCCCCAAAAGCCCGCGAAUUUCUGGCGCACAACGAGACGAACCUGUUCUACCGUCUACGGUCUGUGGACAUUCACGAACAUCAGAUGACCGUCCGGGCCAUUGUCGAUCACUUCUUCUCGACCGACGAGUCGGACCCGUUCGCCACCUCAAAUACCCGUCAAUUCGGGAUGGAGUUGAAGGGGAUGACAGGG